AUUUUGAUCACAAAAGUUCAAUUUUGAGCAGAUUAUUGAUUGAUCGUGAUAAACUAUUAACCCGACCAAUCAGUUGGUGUUUUUAUCGCCGACCUAUGGUUCGGUUAGUUGAUCAUUAAUUCUGAAGUAGAUCCUUUGCAGUUUAGUUUGAGCAUGUCGAUUAAUAAAUCUCUGAUAGUUCAUAAGGAACUUUCUUAUACUUCUUCAGAGCAUCCAUUACAAAAACUUGAUUUAUAUCUUCCUCCGCCUUCAACAUCAACUGAAAUAGAAUGUUAUCCUCCUGUUGUAGUAAUUAUUCAUGGAGGAGCUUGGCGUUCUGGUGAUAAGAAUGAAUUUACGGAACUUGGUCGAAAACUAUCACUUUAUUACGCUGUUGCAAUAGUAAAUUAUAGACUUACAACAAUAGAUACACCUGAAAUAAAAAAUCCUUUGCAUGUACAAGAUGUUGCAGCGGCUAUUUCUUGGGUAUCUUCAUACGCAAAAGAAUAUGGAUAUCUUGAUGAUAGAAUAUAUCUUGUUGGUAAUAGCGCAGGAGCUUUUAUUUCCGGUCAACUUGUACUUAAUUCAGAAUAUCUUAAUUCUUACGAUCCUAAUUUAUUAGGAAAAAUUCGUGGUGUUAUUGGUGUAGAAGGAAUUUAUGAUCUCAUAAACUUAUUAGAAUCUUAUCCUGAAUACAUUAAAUUUGUUGAACCAGCUUUUGGUAACGAUAAAAAUAUUCUUAAAUCUGUUUCACCACAAUAUAUUUCAUUUAAUACAAAAAUUCCUCCUUAUCUGAUAAUUCAUAGUUUAGAUGAUGAACUCGUUGGUAUUGAUCAAUCAAAUAAUUAUUUCAAACAUAUCAAAAAUUCUGGUGGAGUUGUUGAAAUUGAAACUUCUUUAAAAGGAAAGCACGAUGAAAUUAUGCAAACUAAUGAACUGAUUCAAAAAAUAACAGAAUUUAUUAUCACUCAAGAAUCUAAAGAAGCUAGCUGGAAUCAAGUCGUCGAAGUUGCAAUGAAAUCGAUUAAUUUUCCAAUGUUUUAAUUAUUGCGGA